ACGUAUCCAGUGAAUGCCUACAAACCUAAUCUGGCCAAUCACUGAGCUGAAACCCUUGAAGGAGGGCGUGAGGCCUAGCUCUCCUGUGUGCAACCAGCUAGCUAAAGCUCUAAAAGAUAAUCGAUCGUGUGUGGAUUUUAUAAAACGAGAAACAUCGAUUGAGAAAAAUAAAGAAAAGGAACAUAUUUUGCUGCAGGAGUUCUACCUGCCUCUAUGUCGCUGGAAGCGCCCCCAGAUCCACCUGCCACCAUGUCGCUGGAAGCACCAGACAUGGGCCAAGAUCCUGCACCAGACAUAUCCCCAGAACUAGCUGCAGAUUCAGCCCCAGAAUUAGCCCCAGAGCUAACACCAGAUACAGCCCCAGAGCUAACACCAGAUACAGCCCCAGAAUUAGCUGCAGAUUCAGCUCCAGUCCCAGUAAUGAAUCCAGGUUGUAAGAUCAUGACCUUCCGGCCCACCAUGGAGGAAUUUAAGGACUUUGCCAAAUACAUUGCCUACAUGGAGACUCAAGGAGCACACCGUGCAGGCCUGGCGAAGGUGAUUCCCCCUAAGGGCUGGAAGCCACGGAAGUCAUACGACGUCAUUGAGGAGAUGACGAUCCCUGCUCCCAUCAUGCAGGUGGUGACGGGCCAGUCAGGCCUCUUUACCCAGUACAACAUCCAGAAGAAGUCCAUGACCGUGGGGGAGUACCGCCAGCUGGCCAACAGCAGAAAGUACUGUACCCCCCGACACAAGGACUUUGACGACCUGGAGAGGAAGUACUGGAAGAACCUCACCUUUGUGUCUCCAAUCUACGGGGCUGACGUCAGCGGCUCCAUCUAUGACUCCGAGAUCAGUGAGUGGAACAUCGGCCACCUGAACACACUGCUGGACAUGGUGGAGCAGGAGUGUGGCAUCGUGAUCGAGGGGGUGAACACGCCCUACCUGUACUUUGGCAUGUGGAAGACCACCUUUGCCUGGCACACAGAGGACAUGGAUCUCUACAGUAUCAACUACCUGCACUUUGGAGAGCCCAAGUCCUGGUAUGCCAUCCCACCUGAGCACGGGAAAAGGCUGGAGAGGCUGGCUCAAGGUUUCUUCCCAGGCAGUUCCCAGGGCUGUGAUGCCUUUCUCCGCCACAAGAUGACUCUCAUCUCCCCGUCCAUACUGAAGAAGUACAGCAUCCCCUUCGACAGGAUCACUCAGGAAGAAGGCGAGUUUAUGGUCACCUUUCCUUAUGGCUAUCACGCCGGUUUCAACCACGGCUUCAACUGCGCCGAGUCCACCAACUUUGCCACCCUGCGCUGGAUUGACUACGGCAAGAUGGCAACACAGUGUACAUGUCGUAAGGACAUGGUGAAGAUCUCCAUGGACGUGUUUGUCCGCUGCCUGCAGCCAGAGCGCUACGUCCAGUGGAAACAGGGAAAGGACGGCAUGGUGCUGGACCACCAGCGACCCACCACCCUGACCAGCCCUGAGCUGGAGCACUGGAGGGCCAACCGGGUCACCUACCGCCAGAAACUGCUUCAGAGAGCUUUACAGAAGAAGGAGCAGCUGCGGCGGCUGAAACUGGAGGAGGUCAAGGUUCUGGCGGAGGAAGGCAUUGAGAUGGAUGCCGCCGAGUACCAGCGUCAGGUGGAGGAGCGCGAGGCCCAGCGGCGCCAGGAGAGGGAGGAGAGGAUGGCCCGGGAGGCGUUUCAGACCCUGGAGGCCAUGGAGAGAGAGGACCAGGAGAGGGAAGAACGGGAGAGGCAGGACCGAGAGAGGCAGGACGCCAUUGCCGCCAAGGCCACAAGAGUACAAGACCCCCAGGCAGACCCACAGCACUUGACGGCGAAUGGAGAGAAGAAAAAGAAGAAGAAGAAGAAGAAGAAGAAGAAGCAGCAACAACCUACCCUGCCGCUGGCUCCUAUAAACUCUUUCCAAGCAGCUUUUGAGAAGUUUGCCACGUUCAACAUGCCCCAGACACCAAAGGAGACCCAAGGGAGCAAUGACACAGAAAUACCAGCAGAGGGCAGGCUUGAUGUGAAAGGCAUGCAGCAGCAGUCAUCGUACUACUCUAAGCAGUUGAAGAUUAAGAUGGAGGUGAAGAAGAGUCGCCGGCAUCCCCUCAGCAAGCCCCCUAUGCGCUCUCCGCUAUCCAUCGUCAAGCAGGAAAUGUCCAGCGAUGAAGAGCUGUUCUCCCCCUUGUCACUGGAUGGCCAUGUGAAGAAGGCGGGCCACUUGUGGCAGAACCGCGCUCCUAACAUCCUGGCUGAGAAGAGUUUCAAUGCAGCCGUGGCCACCCUGGAACCCUACUGUGCCGUAUGCACUCUGUUCUGCCCGUACACACAGCCCCAGAAGGACUCUCUGUACACGUCUGACAGCCCCAGUGCCCCCAACCACCUCCACACUCCCCGCUGCGGCAGCCACACCCACCCGCUGGUCCCAGAGAUGUGCUUCAGCGCCGGGCCGGACAACACGGAGCCGCUGCCCUCCAACUCCCACACGGGAGAAGACUGCACCAGCCCGCUGAUCUCGUGCUCCUCCUGCAGUCUGCAGGUCCACUCCAGUUGUUAUGGUGUUAGUCUGGACACGGUACACAAUCAGUCCUGGAUGUGUUCGCGAUGUACAGCGCUCGCCUGGACGGCGGACUGUUGUCUGUGUAACUUACGAGGAGGCGCUCUGAAGAUGACCACAGACAACCGGUGGGUCCAUGUGAUCUGUGCCAUCGCCGUGGCGGAGGCUCGCUUCGUCAACGCCAUCGCAAGGGAGCCGGUGGACAUCAGCGCCAUCCCCGAUAGCAGGAAGAGUCUGAAGUGUGUGUACUGCCACAAGAACACCAAGCAGAUGUGUGGGGCGUGUAUCCAGUGUUCCCUCGACAACUGCUCCACCUCCUUCCACGUCACCUGUGCCCACAUCGCCGGUGUGCUCAUGAAGCCAGCCGAUUGGCCCUACGUGGUGUCUGUCACCUGCCACAAGCACAAGAAGACCAAUCACAAGGCAAGGGCGGGGCCAAGGGGGGAGUUUUCUCUUGGCCAGAAAGUAAUUGGUCGGAACAUCGAUGGCUGGUUCUACCCCUGCACCAUCAUUGGCAUGACUUCACAAACCUUCUACGAGGUCAACUAUGAUGACGGCUCCUACUGUGACAACAUCUUCCCCGAGAACAUUGUGAGUCACGACUGUCUUCGUAACGGCCCCCCAGAGACUGGCGAGCUGAUGUUGGUCCACAACAUGGAGGGCCAGGCGCUCAACGCCUCCUACGUCAAGGACCACGUGCACAAGUACUUCCAGGUGGAGUUCCAAGAUGAGUCCCAGCUGUUACUGAAGCAAACAGAGAUCCAUUCGCUGGAGCAGGACCUGCCCAAGAGGGUCUGCACUCGUCUGGCAAUACCAACCCAGGAAGCCCUUCUGUCAGGAGACGAACCACAGGCAGCCAAGAGGCCUCGCCUCCCCGCCCCUCACCCCACAACUCAAGCACCAAUGGACCCCGGAUGCCAACCCCCAGCUACAGGCCCUGUACCUCACAGUAUUACACCUCACACACCCAACCAUGCUCCUGGUCCCUCCAACACUGAUAUCAGCGCCCUUACCCUCACCCAGGCUCUGGCAAUACCCAUCUCCGAGCCCACCCUCACCCCAAUGCCAACUCUCACUGAUCCUCUCCCAGCCCCGUCGGCCCUAGCCGCCCCUCUGCCGCCCCUCUCCCCAGCCGUGCCCUUCCAGGACCAGGGUGAAGCUUACACAGCCAGGUCCAUGCCCUUCCAGGAGCAGGGUGAAGCUUACACGCCCAGCUCCAGCUACGUGUCCUACAUGGAGACGCUGCUCAAUACACACUUCCCCCCUCAGGAAGAUGGCCCCGGGCCCCUGUUUUAAUGAGACGCACCACUCUGCCGUAAUAGCUAGGCUAACAGGAGCUAAGCUAAUGCUAGGAAAGAUAAUGUAAUCUAUGCUAAAGGAGGCUAAGUGAUAGACAGUAGCAUCUGCUACAGAAUGCAGAUAAAGCACUCCUCAGUUGCAUGUAUUUUUCUUUUAGGGUGGGUGGGGUGGGGGGGUUCUCACUGCUGUGGUGUGGUUAUGGGCUGUUCCUAGAACUGCAGCGGAAGAGAAGGCUUCUUUUCCACUGCUGUGUGUCUCUGCCAUUGUGCAAAACGCAAAAUGUAUAGACAUGAAUAGACUCAGAAGCAUCAACACCGUACCUCUUUCUAUCCAUUUAUUUACCCGCUUUUACAGAACGGUGACAUCAGCAGUCUACGUGCGUCAGCUUUUUUGUGUUGAAUCUAUGAAACCAGCAAGAACUAUUUUUUAAUAGAAGCUAUACCAACCGCUUACAAUGUAACAACAGAACAGCAUAUGGACAGAAUAAUUGUGUACAGUUUCAAUAAUGUAUUUUUGUUUGUGAGAGGUCCUGGGAAAAGGGUGGGGAUGUAUUACAGGGGGGUUGACAAGUAUUUAAAUGUCUUAUUCAUAUAUUGAUAUAAAAUCCUUGUACAAAGAUAAAACAUUUUUUGGGGGGAAUGCAACCACCAUGGUAGUUACACUUUAUUGCAGAACCAUUGAAUUUUGUGAAGAUGUGUUGCAGUAGUUCUGAAUAUGUCCCUGUAUCGAACAAACCCAAACCCAUCAUGUUCACGACUCACAUUUUCCAACUCCAGAACUUCUCUGGCCUUGUUUUGUAGCAUUCUUCGUAAAAUCAAUGUUACUAUUCGACGUUGUUUGUUCGUAUGACUAUUCUUUCUAUGUUUAUUUUGUGAAUAUUUUAACCUCACGAGGUGAUCUGAGAAAAUGCUUUGAUUAUGAAAUUAUUAUCCUUAUUUUUGGAGAUUUUAGAGGCGUAAAUUGAAUUUCUACUCUGGUAAACAAAACCUGCAUUUUCAAAUGGUAUGUUAACUAUCUUUAUAGAGGUGCUAUCCUGGAUGACUGAGGAAGCAUGUUUCUCAUACCCCCAGUCACAUUAUACAUAGUGCAAGCCUUGUGUGUGAAUCAAAUCUGUUCAUGUCAUACUAGCCAUGUCAUUGAACUGUUAUUACAAUAGAAUGUCAUGACAGAUCAAUGUUCCUAUGUGGAAACAACUGUGAAGAGGCUUUAUUUCAUAGGAAUUAAACUGAGUUGUUAUAGCCA